AUGUCUCCUAAAGUGCAGUGCGCCCCCAGUGACCUGCGCUCAUCCACACACUCGCUCGGCAGGCUUUCCCCAAAUGUCCCCCAACCUGUGAGUGAAGGAGGUGACAGCUCAGAGGUGUACAGUGAAGUCUUGCAUGGAAAAGCUCAGACUUAUAGCGGAGGGGAAGAAGCGUUGAUGGAAAACCCAAAGCACAAACCCAGAUGUGAGAGGCCUGGACUGAGAGGCAGGCGCAGGAUGAAGGCGAACGACAGGGAGCGCCAUCGGAUGCACAAUCUGAACUCUGCUCUGAACGCGCUGAGAAGCAUCCUGCCCGCGCUGCCUGAGGACGCAAAGCUCACCAAGAUUGAAACUCUGCGCUUUGCUCAUAACUACAUCUGGGCGCUCACAGAGACUCUACGCAUGGCUGAUCAACUCGGACACACGCCGGAUUACGUGCCGGCGUCAAACCUGAGCAGCCCAACAAGUGUUGCAUCUGCAGAGUGGGACUCAGCAUCACCUACUGAGUCUUGUUGUUGGACCUCAGCUGAUUUUGAUCCAAGAAAUUCUUACACAUCUGCUCCUGGAAAGAACUGUAAAACGCUCACACGACAUGAAUCCAGUGUUUUCCCCCUUACCUUCUAUGUCAAAUCAUUCUGUGGGGAAAAAGAUCUCAGAAAUACUUGGCAAUAG